AUGAACAUUUUUGGGAAAGAUACAAUGAUAAAGAAAAACGAUGAUACAAAUAAAGAUGAUAAGCAUUGGUUUUAUGAAGAGACAAAAGGUUCUAUUUCCUAUCCAAAUAGAGAGUUGAAUAUUGGAGAUAAUAUGAAUAACAAAAAUAGUGUAAAUAAAAUAAGUGAUAACUAUUUGAGCCAUAUUCAUGGAAAAGGAAAUUAUGAAAUUCCAAAUAAUAGAAAUUUUUUUAAUGAAAACUAUAGAGGAAAUAUGAUGGAAAAAUUAUACUCUCAACAGAAUAGAAUGUGUAUGGGUUUUUCAGAACAAGAAAUGGAUGAUGACGAUAAUUAUGAUGAUAUAUCAAGUAGUAUAGAUUAUGAUUUAAAUGACGAUAAUGGAUAUUAUUCUUUAACAGAGGGUUAUAAAACAAAUUAUAUUAUGGAAUCUCUUUUUGAUAAAAAUUCAUUUGUAUAUUUUAUGGUACCUUUUAAUAAAUAUAGUUAUACAAAUUAUUAUAAUAAUUGGAAUAAAAUAAGUUUUCGUAUGUAUGCUUCAUUGAAUUCAGUUGUUACUGAUAAAAUUAUAAAGAAAAAAAGGAGAGGAACCAAACAAAAUUUAUUUCUUAAAAAUGUAAAUGAAUAUAAUAUUGAUAAUGAUAAUGACGCUAGAAUUGAAGAUGAAAAUUUUAAGAAUCCAUUAAUUAGCAUUAUGAACAAUUUUUUAUAUUUUUUACUUUUAAGUGAAUUUUUAAAUUUUAACGAAUUAUUUAAAUUAAUGCCAUUAUGUAAAACAUCAUACGAAAUUUUUAAUAAAUAUUUUAGUAUCAAUGUACACAUAAAUCCAUUUAAACAAAAUAUUAGCGAUAUUAUAAAUUUUUUAAAAUUAAAUAAAGAGUAUCAAUUUAAUAUUUUACAACGGCGAAAAAAUAAAUCUCAGGAAUAUGUGUGUGAAAAUAAAAGAGAAAUAUUAAGUACUAGUAAAAAUAGUAUAUAUGAUAUCGAAAAUAAAGAUGACAUAAGUGUAGAAGCCAAACUUCUUAACACUAACAGUAUGAAGAAAAAUGAUAAUAUAAAUAAUAAUGAGAAUACUAUAUUAAAUAAUUUAUCUGGUGAUAAGUUUGAAGUUAGUAAUACAAAUAAUGAAAUAAAUAAUGAAGAAAAUGCAGUCUUAAAAAAAAAAAUAUUUAUAACUAAUAAUAGUAUCAGUAUGAGAUAUCUUUUUAGUUUGUAUGAAUUUAUGAGAGUAUAUUUGAGCAAAUAUAACAGGGGGAAAUUAUAUUAUAGUAUAUCCGAUGAAAAAUUUAAAUAUGAUUCAAAAAAAGAAAAUUCAUUUUUUAGAGAUAUAUAUCCUUAUGGUAAUAAAAUUUGUUCAUAUGAAUAUAAAGUUAAGCUAAACAAAUACAUACAAAGAAGAUGGAAUUUGAAAGGAAAUUAUGUACAUGAAAAUUAUUUUUGUCAUAAAUCAAAUUCUCAAAAAAAUUUAGGUGUAUUAAAAUUAGUACAUAAUAGAGAAAGCAAAAUAUAUCCAUCAGGUACAUCCUUUUUGUCAGUAGAUAAAUCUGGUUAUAUUAAUACAUGGCAAGUUAAUCAUACCGAUUCAUUAUUACCAAUAUCUUUGAAUCAAGCACAAUUGACCCUAAAAGAUAAUACUAAUGUUAGUCCCACGGAUGUAAUAAAUUUAGGGAGUGAUAAAUUUUUACUCUCCAAUUUUUCAUCUAUUUACAGUUUUUCCCUUGACAAAAUAGAUACAGGUGAUAUAAAUCUAGUAAAACUCAUCGAUAUAGAACUGAUGGGAAAUCAUAAAAAUGAAAAUAUAAAAAAUAUAAUUAUGUGUGACAAAAAUAAAUGUUGUGCUGGUUUAACAAAAGCAAUAUGUCAUAGAAUAGACCUUGAGAUGAACAAAAUAGAAAGUAGUAAAUAUUUAAUGGAAAAUUUACAAAAAAUAAAUAAUUUUGAUAAUAAUACUAAUAUAGUUUUAACCCCCAAAAAUAUUUUAAUUGAUGAUAAAAGAUUAGCUAAUUAUGUUCCAUAUGUAAAUUAUAAUUUAAUAGAUUAUGAAAAUGAUAAAAAAUAUUAUAAUAGUGAUAAUUAUUUUGUAGACAUCAAUUUAACUGGUAUAUCUUUAACAUCAUUAAAUUCAAGCAACUCUAUAUAUUUAUUUGAUUUACGUUACAAAUAUCCAUCAACUUGUUUAUAUUAUGAGCCCAUAAUUACUGAAACAUAUCGUCUUAAAGAGAAUGACAAAUUGAAGUAUUUAAAUAAAUUAAAAUUAAAUUAUAAUUCUAGACAUUAUCUUAGAUUAAAGAAAUAUUCUGGAUUACAUGACAACAUCAUUUUGUAUCCUUCUGUUGGAGAUUUGAGUCAGGAUAAUACAGUUUGUGAACAAAACCCUGAUAACACUACGAACAUAGGUCAUAUUGAUAAUGUACAAUAUGUGAAAAAUAAAAUUUUUUCUGAUGAAUCAUUUAUAUAUACUAUAGUUAAAGAAAUGAAAAAAAAAGAGCUUGAUAAUUUGCCUAGUUCCUAUUUAAAUAUGUGGAGAUGGUGUGAUAAAAGACAAUUCAAAUCAUUUUUUCAUUAUCAUGAAGAUUUGCUAAAUAAAAGAGAUGAUGGUAAUUCUAUAUGUGCUCCUAAUUCUUAUUAUCAAAAAAUGACAUUUGAUUCAGUAUAUAAAUUUAUAGAUUCAAUUAACCAUCUUUUUGUUACAUAUGAAAAUUCAAAUUAUAUUCAUUCCCUAGUUUCACCAACAUAUGGGUUGGACAUAAAGAGUUCUCUAAAAGAGGUCCCUUUGUGUAUACACCCGACUAACCUUUGA